CCUGGCUUUCCAGCUUUUGCAGGCUGAGAGUGACUCUGACGGUCUCCUAGUGUGCGCUACAUUCGCCCCCUUCAAACCUGGCCAAGCAUCGCUAGCCUUUCGUACGCCGAUCGCCAACUACUCCCGUCGCAAACUGUUGCCCCGAGAUCAAGUCAAUCUGGCCAGCUUGAGGCUCCAGUCGCUUGUUCGAGGUGUGACCAAGGCAACAGGCCCCGCACGAUUGCCGCAUCUUGUGCAACAAGGUCGUUGCCCAACACAGAGUGAAAUCCGCUUUUUCAGUGGCUGGCGCCGAUUAUCAUUGUCUACGUCUCCUUCGGAUUACAAACACUUUAAGACAUCAUCGUCCUUCAACUGCCCCUCGAUCCCUAUCAAUACUCCCAAGACAUUCACCAACAUGUCGCUUGCUACAUCUUCAAACGCAGGGAAAGUCGCCUCUGUGGCCACGCAGACGUAUGGGUCACGUGCUACGAACUUCUCCAAUCCCACUGCGAAGCGGAUCCUGGAAACGAUGGAAAGGAAGAAGACGAACCUUUGCGUCAGUGUAGACGUCACGACCUGCAAAGAGCUCAUUGCGGUGGUCAAAGCCGUUGGCAAUGACGUCUGUAUGGUCAAGACGCACGUCGACAUCCUCUCCGAUUUCUCGCCAGCCUUCGUGUCCACGUUGCAAAGCCUCGCAGAGGAGCUCGACCUUGUUAUUUUUGAGGACAGGAAAUUCGCAGAUAUCGGCAACACGGUCUCCUUACAGUACUCGUCCGGUGUGCACAAGAUUGCUUCAUGGGCACACUUGACUAAUGCCCACCUCGUCCCUGGACCCGGCAUCAUCAAGGGCUUAGCCAAGGUUGGGAAAGAGCUCGGCCGCGGCUGUCUGUUGCUGGCGGAAAUGAGCAGCAAGGGAAAUCUCUGCACCCCAGAGUACCGAGACGCUAACAUGCGCGCUGCUGUCGAAGACGAAGACAACUUCAUCAUCGGCUUUAUCGCCAUGAAUCGCUUCGAUGAAUCCUUCUAUGCGGAUCUCAGGAUUACCCCGGGCAAGCGGAAAGACUUCUUGAUUCUCACACCCGGCGUGAACCUCAGCUCGUCUGGCGAUGCGAUGGGGCAGCAGUACCGCACGCCGGCUCAGGUUAUUGAGGAGAGCGGCUGUGAUAUGAUCAUCGUCGGCCGGGGGAUCUACGGCGCUCUACUUGAGGCCAGCGCAGAGGCAGAUCCGGCAUCUGCUCUGGCCAAAGUCGAGGCAGAAGCAAAGAGAUAUAGAGAGGCAGGGUGGAGCGCUUACGAGCGGAGGAUAGCAAUCAAGCAUUGGGACGAGAAGAAUGUCAAGAAUAAAAAGCGCAAGCUCUUCGAGCCCAGCGGCCCGGCGGCUACCAUGAAUGAAGCAUCACGCUAUCCUUCGCUCCAAGUGAGCACGCGGAAGUCAUUACGUGUGAUGGCUGCAGCAUCUGGUGUAGCCUCUACCUCUGCCGGCAGCGAUUCAGCUUUGCCAACCACUCCACUCCGCCGAAGUACACGUUCUCGUACCGAAAUUUUGGCAAGCUCAGCAGUCAGUGAUCAUACUGACUCCAAAGUCGAAAACGCAGAGACUGUUGUUGAGAGCAAUGAUCACACUACAAUCGACAAUCAACAAGGCAAAGGCAAACAAGCAAAGUUCUUCGAGGCCUCUCCCCGCAAGAAACAUAAGACGGUCAAGGUUGAGCUGGAGCCGCACGAGAUCAAAGCCGCACCGAGGCGCUGGCGGGAAGCAUACGACGUGCUGAUCAAGCAGCGCAAGCGCAUCAUCGCCCCGGUUGACACCAUGGGCUGCGAAGAGAAUGGCAAAGAAGAGUUCCGAGCGGAUGCUGGCUGGCGCGACGAGGAUGAUGACGCCAAGGCCAAGAGGGAACGGUUCACGACGUUGAUCAGCCUCAUGCUCAGCUCGCAGACCAAGGACCCUGUCACAGCAGAGGCGGUCAAGAAUAUGCAGACGAGGCUCCCCAAUGGACUGUGUCUACAGUCCAUGCUGAUGGCGACGGACGAGGAGAUUCAAUCGUGUAUCAGCAAGGUAGGCUUUUGGCGCCGCAAGACGGGUUACAUCAAGUCUGCUGCACGCAUCAUUUCCGAAGAUUUCGGCGGGGAUGUGCCCGGUGAUAUCAAUGACCUCUGCAGCAUACCUGGCGUCGGUCCGAAAAUGGGCUUCCUCAUGCUGCAGUCGAUGGGGCACAACGCAGGGAUCGGCGUUGACGUGCACGUGCACCGCAUGAGCAAUCGACUUGGGUGGUGCAAGACGACAGAACCGGAAGACACGCGCCUGCGCCUACAGAGCUUCCUGCCGAAGGAGAUGCACUCGACGAUCAACAAGGUGCUUGUCGGGUUCGGACAGGUGAUCUGCGUGCCCGUCGGUCCUCGCUGUGACCUAUGCGAUUUGGCGAAGGCAAACCUGUGCCCUUCGCGGCGCAAAGUCGACCCAAACUCGGUGGUCAAUAGGGUACAGGUGCAUUUGCUCCAGGAAAGCGACGGCGAGGAAGGCGCGAGUACGAAGGAAACAGCCGAGGCAGAGGUCAAAGUUAAGCUCGAGAUCGACGGCGGUCCCGACGGCGCUGGGGUGCUGCUGGCAAACGAGGAGGAGAUGAGGGACGCAGUCAUUAAAAGUGAAGAUCCCGAAGAGAAAAGGACAGACUGGUGAAGACGAGGAUGGAGGGGAGCCGAAGGCUAAUUUAUGCUUGAUGAGGAUUAUGCUACAAGAUGCAUGUCAACCCAGAUUUUUGUACGGCAUGAU